GUCCUUGUUAUGCUCUGCUAAUCGUCUUGACAAUUCUCGUGACUGAGACCAGCUCUACCGCGGUCAGGAGUGAUUCAGUCCAAGGUAAGCCUCCCACUCUUCCCUCUCUCCCCUUCUCUUUUCUUUCUCUCCCUCUCUUUCUCUGUAUCUCUCUCUUCUGUUUCUCAUCUAGUUUUUCUGGUUUCUCUAUCCUCUCUCUAUUUCUCCCCCCUUUCUGUACCCCAAUCUCUGCCACCCCUCCGCUUGCGUCAACAGCAGAAUAACCCACCAUGGGCAGUAAUACGCAGAACCCCAGGCCAGGGCACAGCAAUGUGAGCAAGAAAACAGGUGCGCACUUGAUCUUGACCGAUAUUGCGUUUAGAUCAGUGUAUCCGCCAGAUGUAUGCCCACGGAGCCGCAUCGUUGCUGUCUGCGGCGUUAGCGACGUCGAUGACCUCGCAUCACCACACCUUGACGGAUGGUUGUUCAGUGAUUUUUACUUACUCCACCAUCUUUUAAGCCUCGUCUACACUCAUACGUCGAACCAGGUCUGGCUCACCUGCCUAGAACCGAAGUACUUGGUCGAAAAAUACACAGAGUAUGCCCACGGCGAUCCCCGGAACGACCGGAGAGCUGUUCUUGACAAAGACCGUCUCAGUGACAUCGAACUUGCAGCCAAUAUGCAUGUGGUGGAUCAGGAGAUUCUAUUGGAACGGUUUGUCAGGACUGUGGAGGAACAGGCUCGAUACGCAAAAGAAUAUGGAGAGACGCUACUCGUUCUUAUAUUCAGUCGCGGAAACUGCGGCAAUUUCAGUGUUCAGAUCGGGGGCGCGCAGCCGGAUGAGGAUAAAUGUCAAUUGGAGAUCGAGGAUUUGAAGCGAGUUCUUCCAAAAGGCCUUGAUGUGACCCUCAUGUUGACGUCUUGCUAUUCCGGGGGCUGGCUGAUUCAACCAAAUAUCCACUACCAUGAACACUUGAACACUGGGAUUGCUGUAUCCUUCGAAACGCGCUCGUGGUCAAUGGGCAAGAGCGUCGGCCGUGCUUGUGGCAGUACCGUUACUUCUGCGAUUGUCGAUCAAUUGAUCAAGAUCGAAGAAGCACAAGACGCUGAAGAGUCAGCAAAAUCACAUCUCAUGUACUCCGAACUGGUGUCGGCAAUCUAUGACAAGGCAACUGAACUGGAUACCUUUUUCAAAGACCAAAACAUCCAAUUCUCUACACAGGAUGACGAUUGGGAGUCCCAUUGGCGGCCGCGGACUGGAACGCCGCUGGCAAAAUUCAAAGAUCACUGGGAGAUGCUUCGUCAGAUUCCGCCAAGUAGUGUCUGUGUCGACCACACAACAGGAGGCCGGCAUCCAACAUCGACGAGACGGGUAGGGUCUCUCCAAAACGAUCUGCAUCGCUUCGCAGCUGAAUAUUUCAGAGCAAAACCAGGCCGUUCCGGUCUCAGUUCUAAUGUCGCCCUGCACAGCGCUCUCUACCGGUUCUCUCAGGGAUUUCCCGAGGCUGAUGACACCGAACAUCUUCAGAGCAUGCUCAACCAAGUCAUCUAUCGGUUGAAUAUGAUGAGAGACGCCGACGAGUUUGUCGGUGCCAUGGGUUUCGAGUUUCCCAGCUGCCUGGGAUAUUCGAUUCAAGACGACUACAAGCCCAGUGCCACCUCACAAGCCAAGCGAGACGUUGCCUGGAAUCACUUGAAAAGGGUGAAACUGUUCCCAAUCUCAGCUCCAUAUUUCACGCACUUCACGAAACCCCAGAACUACCUGGCCAUUGUCCUUGCCGAGAGAUGCGAAUCCACAACUGCAAUGAAGGAGAAGAUCGCCAAAGCUCUAGAAUGGAAAGAAAUCAAAGCAAGCCAAUUGCUUCCGAAUGUGCAGGCCUACAAGAUCAUCAACGACGAACAAAUCCGAAGCAAGCUCCAUGCCUGCUACGAAGGCUUGAGAGAAGCAGGUCAUCGCCUGUAUGUCAGAGCUGGGGUGUUGACUCGGCCGUGCCCACACGAGUUCCUUGAUAUACCCACCUUUUCUACGGCGAAAUCAUGAUAUAUGGAAUUGCAAGAAGGUACGCUGGUCGGAUAGAGGGAAGUAACCUGGAGUACAAAGAUCUUAUAUGCAGUUAGACGGAAGUAACCUCGGGAGCUAUUCAUAGU